AUGUUUGAAUCAACAAGAUUGUUCCUAGAAACCGAAUCUCAGAAUUCACCUUGGAGGAAAAUUCAUCCAACGUUCACAAUCAAAACAUUUUGGACUUUUGGAGAAUUAGGAAAAGGUUCUCACAAAAACAAACUUUAUAAUCGAAUCCGAAAAAUAUCAAUUGAUAAUAUCGAUUAUUUUGAAGUUGAAACCCAAAAACCAGAAAUGACAUUUUUAAUCGAUAUCAAAAAUUAUGGUAUAAUGAAAAAAUAUACUUGGUAUAAUCAUAAAGCUGGAAAUAUAUUUUAUAUUGAAACAAAUGAUAAAGAUAAUAACUAUAAAAUUUUAAAACUUCAUCAUUUGAUUUGUCCUGAAUGGAAAAUAAUCGAUCAUAUAAACAGGAAUGGUCUUGAUAAUCGAGAAUGUAAUCUUAGAAAAACAUCGGCAAGAGAAAACGGAAUGAAUUGUAAAUUACGAAAGCAUAAUUCAUCAGGAUAUAAUGGAAUCAGUUUUGAUAAAUUUAGUAAAUAUUGGGGUUUUCAUUGGAUUGAGAAUAAUAAACAUAAAGUUAAAAAAUUCUGUAUCACAAAGAACAGAACUAGUGAACAAGCCAAGAAGUUAGCAAUAGAUUUUAAAAUAACUCACGAUAAAAUUACUGAAAAUUUAAAUGGAAAAGAAGUAUUUUAA